AUGACAUAUCUCUUAAGAAGUGUUGUCACCAUCAUUGAUAUAUUCUACCAAUACACCAAGCAAGAUGAAGAAUGUGGCACAUUGAGCAAGGAUGAGCUAAAGGAACUGCUAGAGAAGGAGUUCCGGCCAAUUCUGAAGAAUCCAGAUGAUCCAGACACGGUAGAUGUCAUCAUGCAUAUGCUGGAUCGAGAUCAUGACCGAAGACUAGACUUUACUGAGUUUAUUCUGAUGGUAUUCAAACUGGCUCUGGCCUGCAACAAGGUUCUUGGAAAACAAUACUGUAAAGCUUCAGGGUCAAAGAAGCAUAGGCGUGGACACCAACACCAAGAGGAAGAAAGUGAAACAGAAGAGGAAGAGGAGACACCAAGACAGAAAUCAGGUUUCAGAUAUUCAAGUUGGAGUGAGGAAGAGGAGCAUGGACAUAGUUCUGGGGGCUUAUGGCAACCUAGAAAACAUAGACGUGGGUCCAAUUCUAGGAGGUUGGAUAGGCAAGAUGAAUUAUCCACCUCAAAGGAAUCAAGAAAAAAACACCAUGGGUUCAUCUUUGGUCACUCUUGGAGUAGUAACAAAGAGAAACAUGAUUCCAUAUUUGAAGAGCUAGGAGUAAAAAGAGACAGGUCACAUCAUAGCCCCUCUAGAGAAUCUGGGGAAGAGUAUGAGUCUGGAUCUAGGUUAAACCAUCAGGGAAGGAAAGGCCAUAAUGGAUUAUCACACGGAUUGGAGAAAAACGAACAUGAAUCAAAUUAUACUCAGUCAAGAAAAGGUGAAGAACAAAAGCUUGGAUAUAGUUCUGCAAGUUCAGGAAACAGUAAGACAGAAAGUCUCAUGUGUGGUUUCAGCAGUUCUAGUGGAUGUUGCAGACCACAAAAUGCUUCAAGUUCUUGUCAGGCAAGUAGAUCAGGGGGGGGGCAAGUAAAUCAGUCUUGCUGUACCCAGUCAAAUUGUCAAUCAGGAACUAGUGGAGGACAAGGAUAUGGAUGUGUCUCAGGUCAGUCCUCUAGAUGUUAUCAACCUAAACCAAGAUCCUGUAGCCAGUCUUCUAGUCAGAGAGGGUGUGGAUCUAAACAAUGUGGUCAACCACAGAACUGUGGAAGACAACAAAGAAUGGGUUCAAGUCACUCUUCUUGCUGUGGACAAUAUGGGUCUGGAGCAACUCAAUCUUUUGGUUGUGGUCAACAGGGAACGAAUUCCUGUGGAUAUUCUUCAAGCUCUCAUCAAAAGGAGUGUAGUUCAAAUGAAUUUUCCAAAGGUGGUCGGCGUGGGUCUGGUUCAGGGCACUCAUCCUGCUGUGAACAACAUGGAACGAACUCAAGUCAAUCCUCUGGCUGUAAACAACAUGGACAUGAAUCAGGUCAGUUAUGCUGUGGCCAACAUGGUACUGCAUCAGGUCAAUCCUCAGGUAAUAGUCAACAUGGGGUUGGCUCAGGUCAAUCAUGUCACUUUGGGCAGCAUGGAUACAAUUACGGUCAGUCAUCUAGUUCUGGGCAUCAGAGGUCAGGCUCAAGUCAGUCAUCUGGCCUUGGGGAGCAUGGGUCUGGUUCUCCUCAGUCAUCUAGUUCUGGGUAUCAUGGAUCUGGCUCACAUCAAUCAUCUAGGUCUGAGAAGCAAAAUGCUGGCUCAGGUCAGUCAUCUGGCUUUGGGGAGCAAGAGUCCACUUCUGGUCACUCACCUAGUUAUGGACAACACAGGUCAGGAUCAGGUCAGUCAUCUGGCUUUGGGGAACAUGAGUCCAUUUCUGGUCACACACCUAGCUUUGGCCAACAAAGGUCAGGUUCAGGUCGGUCAUCUGGCUUUGGGCAGCAAGAGUCGAGUUCUGGUCACUCACCUAGCUAUGGCCAACACAGCUCAGGCUCAGGUCAGUCAUCUGGCUUUGGGAAGCAACAGUCGAGUUCUGGGUACUCACCAAGUUAUGGCCAACACAGCUCAGGCUCAGGUCAGUCAUCUGGCUUUGGGAAGCAACAGUCGAGUUCUGGGUACUCACCAAGUUAUGGCCAACACAGCUCAGGCUCAGGUCAGUCAUCUGGCUUUGGGAAGCAACAGUCGAGUUCUGGGUACUCACCAAGUUAUGGCCAACACAGCUCAGGCUCAGGUCAGUCAUCUGGCUUUGGGCAGCAAGAGUCGAGUUCUGGUCACUCACCUAGCUAUGGGCAACACAGCUCAGGCUCAGGUCAGUCAUCUGGCUUUGGGCAGCAUGAAUCCAUUUCCAAAAACUCACAUGGCUUUAGCCAACACAAGUCAGGCUCAGGUGAAUCACAUAAGUAUGGGUACCAUGGCGCCUCUCAAGGGACGGUUCAGGACAGCAGUGGACAGCCUCAGUCAAGUAAAGGACAGCUUUCACAGUCAGGUUCUGGUAGACAUCCAAGGAGAUCACCAGUGCACCCCGAGUCCAGUGAGGGUGAGGAACACUCAGUAGUCUCACAGAGACAUUCUGGAUCCAGUUACAGUCAUGCUGGGCAUCAACAAAGAGAGUCAGUUCAUGGGCACCAUGGCUCCCCUCAAGGGCCGGUUCAGGACAGCAGUAGACACCCUCAGUCAAGCCAAGGACAGCCUUCACAGUCAGGUUAUGAUGGACAUCCAAGGAGAUCACAAGUGCACCCCGAGUCCAGUGAGGGUGAGGAACACUCAGUAGUCUCACAGAGACAUUCUGGAUCCAGUAAUGGUCAUGCUGGGCAUCAACAAAGAGAGUCAGUACAUGGGCACCAUGGCUCCCCUCAAGGGCCGUCCAGUGAGGGUGAGGAACACUCAGUAGUCUCACAGAGACAUUCUGGAUCCAGUCACAGUCAUGCUGGGCAUCAACAGAGAGAGUCAGUUCAUGGGCACCAUGGCUCCCCUCAAGGGCCGGUUCAGGACAGCAGUAGACACCCUCAGUCAAGCCAAGGACAGCCUUCACAGUCAGGUUCUGGUGGACAUCCAAGGAGAUCACCAGUGCACCCUGAGUCCAGUGAGGGUGAGGAACACUCAGUAGUCUCACAGAGACAUUCUGGAUCCAGUCACGGUCAUGCUGGGCAUCAACAAAGAGAGUCAGUUCAUGGGCACCAUGGCUCCCCUCAAGGGCCGGUUCAGGACAGCAGUAGACACCCUCAGUCAAGCCAAGGACAGCCUUCACAGUCAGGUUCUGGUAGACACCCAAGGAGAUCACCAGUGCACCCCGAGUCCAGUGAGGGUGAGGAACACUCAGUAGUCUCAAAGAGACAUUCUGGAUCCAGUCCCAGUCAUGCUGGGCAUCAACAAAGAGAGUCAGUUCAUGGGCACCAUGGCUCCCCUCAAGGGCCGGUUCAGGACAGCAGUAGACACCCUCAGUCAAGCCAAGGACAGCCUUCACAGUCAGGUUCUGGUAGACAUCCAAGGAGAUCACCAGUGCACCCCGAGUCCAGUGAGGGUGAGGAACACUCAGUAGUCUCACAGAGACAUUCUGGAUCCAGUCACAGUCAUGCUGGGCAUCAACAAAGAGAGUCAGUUCAUGGGCACCAUGGCUCCCCUCAAGGGCCGGUUCAGGACAGCAGUAGACACCCUCAGUCAGGCCAAGAACAGUCUUCACAGUCAGGUUCUGGUAGACACCCCAGAAGAUCACCAGUGCACCCCGAGUCCAGUGAGAGUGAGGAACACUCAGUAGUCUCACAGAGACAUUCUGGAUCCAGUCACAGUCAUGCUGGGCAUCAACAGAGAGAGUCAGUUCAUGGGCACCAUAGCUCCCCUCAAGGGCCAUUUCAGGACAGCAGUAGACACCCUCAGUCAAGCCAAGGACAGCCUUCACAGUCAAGUUCUAGUGGACACCCAAGGAGAUCACGAGUUCACCCUGAGUCCAGUGAGGGUGAGGAACACUCAGUAGUCUCAAAGAGACAUUCUGGAUCCAGUCCCAGUCAUGCUGGGCAUCAACAAAGAGAGUCAGUUCAUGGGCACCAUGGCUCCCCUCAAGGGCCGGUUCAGGACAGCAGUAGACACCCUCAGUCAAGCCAAGGACAGCCUUCACAGUCAGGUUCUGGUAGACAUCCAAGGAGAUCAACAGUGCACCCCGAGUCCAGUGAGGGUGAGGAACACUCAGUAGUCUCACAGAGACAUUCUGGAUCCAGUCACAGUCAUGCUGGGCAUCAACAAAGAGAGUCAGUUCAUGGGCACCAUGGCUCCCCUCAAGGGCCGGUUCAGGACAGCAGUAGACACCCUCAGUCAGGCCAAGAACAGCCUUCACAGUCAGGUUCUGGUAGACACCCCAGAAGAUCACCAGUGCACCCCGAGUCCAGUGAGGGUGAGGAACACUCAGUAGUCUCACAGAGACAUUCUGGAUCCAGUUACAGUCAUGCUGGGCAUCAAGAAAGAGAGUCAGUUCAUGGGCACCAUGGCUCCCCUCAAGGGCCGGUUCAGGACAGCAGUAGACAGCCUCAGUCCAGCCAAGGACAGCCUUCACAGUCAGGUUCUGGUAGACACCCAAGGAGAUCACCAGUGUACCCCGAGUCCAGUGAGGGUGAGGAACACUCAGUAGUCUCACAGAGACAUUCUGGAUCCAGUCACAGUCAUGCUAGGCAUCAACAGAGAGAGUCAGUUCAUGGGCACCAUGGCUCCCCUCAAGGGCCGGUUCAGGACAGCAGUAGACACCCUCAGUCAAGCCAAGGACAGCCUUCACAGUCAGGUUCUGGUAGACACCCAAGGAGAUCACCAGUGCACCCCGAGUCCAGUGAGGGUGAGGAACACUCAGUAGUCUCAAAGAGACAUUCUGGAUCCAGUCAUGGUCAUGCUGGGCAUCAACAGAGAGAGUCAGUUCAUGGGCACCAUGGCUCCCCUCAAGGGCCAGUUCAGGACAGCAGUAGACACCCUCAGUCAAGCCAAGGACAGCCUUCACAGUCAGGUUCUGGUGGACAUCCAAGGAGAUCACCAGUGCACCCCGAGUCCAGUGAGGGUGAGGAACACUCAGUAGUCUCACAGAGACAUUCUGGAUCCAGUCAUGGUCAUGCUGGGCAUCAAGAGAGAGAGUCAGUUCAUGGGCACCAUGGCUCCCCUCAAGGGCCGGUUCAGGACAGCAGUAGACACCCUCAGUCAAGCCAAGGACAGCCUUCACAGUCAGGUUCUGGUAGACACCCAAGGAGAUCACCAGUGCACCCCGAGUCCAGUGAGGGUGAGGAACACUCAGUAGUCUCACAGAGACAUUCUGGAUCCAGUCACGGUCAUGCUGGGCAUCAACAAAGAGAGUCAGUUCAUGGGCACCAUGGCUCCCCUCAAGGGCCGGUUCAGGACAGCAGUAGACACCCUCAGUCAAGCCAAGGACAGCCUUCACAGUCAGGUUCUGGUAGACACCCAAGGAGAUCACCAGUGCACCCCGAGUCCAGUGAGGGUGAGGAACACUCAGUAGUCUCAAAGAGACAUUCUGGAUCCAGUCCCAGUCAUGCUGGGCAUCAACAAAGAGAGUCAGUUCAUGGGCACCAUGGCUCCCCUCAAGGGCCGGUUCAGGACAGCAGUAGACACCCUCAGUCAAGCCAAGGACAGCCUUCACAGUCAGGUUCUGGUAGACAUCCAAGGAGAUCACCAGUGCACCCCGAGUCCAGUGAGGGUGAGGAACACUCAGUAGUCUCACAGAGACAUUCUGGAUCCAGUCACAGUCAUGCUGGGCAUCAACAAAGAGAGUCAGUUCAUGGGCACCUUGGCUCCCCUCAAGGGCCGGUUCAGGACAGCAGUAGACACCCUCAGUCAGGCCAAGAACAGUCUUCACAGUCAGGUUCUGGUAGACACCCCAGAAGAUCACCAGUGCACCCCGAGUCCAGUGAGAGUGAGGAACACUCAGUAGUCUCACAGAGACAUUCUGGAUCCAGUCACAGUCAUGCUGGGCAUCAACAGAGAGAGUCAGUUCAUGGGCACCAUAGCUCCCCUCAAGGGCCAUUUCAGGACAGCAGUAGACACCCUCAGUCAAGCCAAGGACAGCCUUCACAGUCAAGUUCUAGUGGACACCCAAGGAGAUCACGAGUUCACCCUGAGUCCAGUGAGGUCACAGUCAUGCUGGGCAUCAACAAAGAGAGUCAGUUCAUGGGCACCAUGGCUCCCCUCAAGGGCCGGUUCAGGACAGCAGUAGACACCCUCAGUCAGGCCAAGAACAGCCUUCACAGUCAGGUUCUGGUAGACACCCCAGAAGAUCACCAGUGCACCCCGAGUCCAGUGAGGGUGAGGAACACUCAGUAG